CAUAAUAUGGUUGAGUUCUUCAUUAGGAUGGAGAGUGACAUUAUUAAUUCAGAAACAAUGGUUCUGAACUUAAAGAAAGGUAACUUUGAGGGUAUGAGACGUGAAUUGGCCAAGUUUGACUGGCAAUUAAUUCUAAAAGGGUUGACGGUGGAUAUGCAAUGGAAGACAUUUAAAGACUGCAUGGAUGAACUACAAAAAUUGUUCAUCCCAGUUUGGCAAAAGAACAAAUCAGGGAAGGUAGUGCUUCCAUGGAUAACAAGGGAAAUCAGGGAUAGUAUCAAAGCGAAGGAUGAUGCGUACAAAUUAGCCAGAAAAAGCAGCAUACCAGAGGACUGGGAGGAAUUCAGAGACCAGCAGAGGAGGACAAAGGGCUUAAUUAGGAAAGGAAAAAUAGAUUAUGAAAGAAAACUGGCAGGGAACAUAAAAACUGACUGCAAAAGUUUUUAUAGAUAUGUGAAAAGAAAGAGAUUAGUUAAAACAAAUGUAGGUCCCUUGCAGUCAGAAACAGGUGAGUUGAUCAUGGGGAACAAAGAUAUGGCGGACCAAUUGAAUAACUACUUUUGUUCCGUCUUCACUAAGGAAGACAUAAAUAAUCUGCCGGAAAUAGCAGGGGACCGCGGGUCAAAGGAGUUGGAGGAAUUGAGUGAAAUCCAGGUUAGUCGGGAAGUGGUGUUGGGUAAAUUGAUGGAUGCAUUAGUAAUAAUCUUUCAAAAUUCUUUAGAUUCUGGAGUAGUUCCUGAGGAUUGGCGGGUAGCAAACGUAACCCCACUUUUUAAGAAGGGAGGGAGAGAGAAAACGGGGAAUUACAGACCAGUUAGUCUAACAUCGGUAGUGGGGAAACUGGUAGAGUCAGUUAUUAAAGAUGGGAUAGCUGCACAUUUGGAAAGUGGUGAAAUCAUUGGACAAAGUCAACAUGGAUUUACGAAAGGUAAAUCAUGUCUGACGAAUCUUAUAGAAUUUUUCGAGGAUGUAACUGGUAGCGUGGAUAGGGGAGAACCAGUGGAUGUGGUGUAUCUAGACUUCUAGAAGGCUUUCGACAAGGUCCCACAUAAGAGAUUAGUAUACAAUCUUAAAGCACACGGCAUUGGGGGUUCAGUAUUGAUGUGGAUAGAGAACUGGCUGGCAAACAGGAAGCAAAGAGUAGGAGUAAACGGGUCCUUUUCACAAUGGCAGGCAGUGACUAGUGGGGUACCGCAAGGCUCAGUGCUGGGACCCCAGCUAUUUACAAUAUAUAUUAAUGAUCUGGAUGAGGGAAUUGAAGGCAAUAUCUCCAAGUUUGCGGAUGACACUAAGCUGGGGGGCAGUGUUAGCUGUGAGGAGGAUGCUAGGAGACUGCAAGGUGACUUGGAUAGGCUGGGUGAGUGGGCAAAUGUUUGGCAGAUGCAGUAUAAUGUGGAUAAAUGUGAGGUUAUCCAUUUUGGUGGCAAAAACAGGAAAGCAGACUAUUAUCUAAAUGGUGGCCGAUUAGGAAAAAGGGGGGAUGCAGCGAGACCUGGGUGUCAUGGUACACCAGUCAUUGAAAGUAGGCAGGUUACACAAAAAAGCUGGAGAAACUCAGCGGGUGCAGCAGCAUCUAUGGAGCGAAGGAAAUAGGCAAC